CCGAUGCUUCCCUUGCAGGUUGCAGCCAACGGGAGCAGCCUCGAAAGCGAAGCACUUGCGAGAGAUUGUGGAGGACGAGGCAGUGGGUGGGGUCCGACCCAGGAACCUUUCCCGGAUUUGACCACAUGAUCGAUCGCAUCAACUGACUCCCAUCAUCUCCGGGCUCAACUCCUCCCUCCUGGCCAGGUCAGAUGAUGACCACUCUCCUCGGCAUUUCCGAUUCUUGACUGGCUUGUUCUCUCUCUCUCCCAGUAACCGAUCUUCUCGUCGGGCUCCGACGAUCAGUUGCAGCACGAUCCAGGAAGAGGCGGCGUAAGCCAUGGUGGUGGACAGCGCGUACUACGACGUCUUGGGGGUCAGCACAGACGCCUCCGCGGCAGAGAUCAAGAAGGCGUAUUACCUCAAGGCCAAGUUGGUGCACCCUGACAAGAAUCCCAAUAACCCUGAUGCGGAGCGGAGGUUCAAGGAACUGGGUGAGGCCUAUCAAAUACUCAGUGAUCCUGUAAGAAAGGAUUCUUAUGACAAGCAUGGAAAAGAAGGCCUUCCACAGGAUAACAUGAUUGAUCCAACUGCUGUCUUUGGAAUGCUUUUUGGGAGCGACUAUUUUGAAGAUUAUGUUGGUCAGUUUGCACUGGCAUCUGUAGCUUCAGUAGAGAUUGAGGAAGAAUCAGAUAAUACAGAGGCAAGGGCAAGGAUUCAAGAUAAGAUAAAAGAGUUGCAAACCGAAAGAGAGCAAAAGCUUGUUCAAAGCCUUAAGGAUCGACUUCAACCAUAUGUUGAUGGAAUGCAGGAUGAAUUUGGUGAUUGGGCAGGUGCUGAAGCUCAGCGUCUUUCUCAAGCGGCUUUCGGUGAGGCUAUGCUCCACACUAUUGGCUACAUUUAUGCUCGUCAAGCAGCAAGAGAGCUUGGAAAAAGCAAAAUGUAUAUGGGUGUGCCGUUCAUAGCUGAAUGGGUAAGAGAUAAGGGCCACCACGUAAAGUCACAGGUUAAUGCGGCCGCAGGUGCAAUUUCUCUGAUACAGCUACAAGAAGGUAUAAAAAAGAUUGAGGGCGACGACAAGGAAGGCCAGCUUAUGAAGAGUAUUGAGGAGAAAAAAGACGCAAUGUUGAAUUCUCUGUGGAAAAUCAAUGUAGUCGAUAUUGAAUCAACGCUUUCUCGUGUUUGCCAAGCAGUUUUGAGGGAGAAUACUGUUUCCAAAGAUGUUCUGAAGGUGCGAGCUAGAGGACUGAAAAAGCUGGGGACAAUAUUCCAAGGUGCAAAAUCGCAUUGCCGGCGCGAGAACAGCCUGCGUGUUGAGGCUCGCGAUGCAGAAGCAACACCGUCGGAUUGAUCAGGACUCAGGAGCAGCACGGCAGCAUCGCUACAAGGGACACCACUCCGCCGAGGCUUCAUUUUGUGAUUCUUUUUGCUUUUCUGUAGGAGCAUUUGAUAUUCGUUGCGUCCAGCAUUCCAGCAAAGAUGUUACGAUGUGGAUAGUGUGUUGCAAGACCGAUGUUUGGUCCAUGUAGCCACGCAAUAUUCUUCGAUAUUUUCGAGCCUUUGAUGCUUUAGAGGUAAUUUGGAUAGUUAUAAUCAGGUCUUGAGAUCUUCGAUGGCUA